CGGGUUCCUCAUUUUUCCGUCCCCCCUCUCAUCACCCUCCACGUCACCCCUUUCCCUAACCUGCACCACUCCAUCCCAACCCUUCUUUCCCAGAUCUAACGCUCCACAGCUCGCCAAGUCAUCAGGCUCACUUUAGCACCCACCAUCACUACUCGUUGAAUGAAAAGCGCCAUUGAAAUACCACUGAGAGUUUUUUGACGACAGGCGAACAAAUUCGAUGGCGCAGUUUAUCUAUAUAGAUACUCACAAGGUUGGGUGCUAACGUGUGUGGAUUGGUAGCUGCGUCGCGAGGCCUUGGGAUUGGGACUUAAGUUUUUUUUUGCUGUUGGUUGUGGUUGAUGAGAUGAUUGACCGCUGACUUUGCCGUUUUUGGAGGGGGAAGUGAGAUAACCUGCGCUGCUGGUGCGCAGUGAUCUGGAAGAUGGAAAUUUGUGGAGAAUUUUGGGGAGGUAGAAGGCGAAUGGUUUUAUGUUUUAGCUCUUUAUAGGCUGGAAGUUUGUGGGGUGUAAAAAAUGGAGUUUCUCUAGUACUCACUGUUGUGGGGUUUUGGUUGGAACCCUAAUUUGUAACUGUAAUUAGUUUAGGAACAUCAGGGUUGAUCGGAGUAAAGUGAGGAUUUUGCUCUGUGAUAAUGAUGACAAAAGCUCUGAGGAGGUUUUUACACUUUUGUGUAAAUGUUCUUAUCAAGUGACUUCCGUGAAGUCGCCAAGACAGGUGAUUGAUGCACUGAAUGCUGAGGGGGCUGAUAUAGAUAUUAUUCUUUCUGAACUUGACCUUCCAAUGUCUAAAGGAUUGAAAAUGUUAAAAUAUAUCAUGAGGGACAAAGAGUGGCGACGUAUUCCUGUGAUCAUGAUGUCAUCUCAAGAUGAGGUCCCUAUUGUUGUCAAGUGCCUGAAACUUGGAGCAGCUGAUUACCUCGUGAAGCCAUUACGUACCAAUGAGCUCUUGAACUUGUGGACUCACAUGUGGAGAAGGCGGCGAAUGCUUGGACUAGUGGAGAAGAAUAUUGUAAGUUAUGAUUUUGAUGUGGUUGUGUCGGACCAUAGUGAUGCUAAUACCAACAGCACCACUUUAUUUUCGGACGACACGGACGACAAGUCUCGAAAGAGUACUAACCCGGAGACGUGUGUUUCAACCUAUCCAGAAGAUGAGACUAAUACCACCACUGCUGCUCCUAUUGCUAUAGCAGUUGAGGCUCUUUCAGAGUGUCAGCGUGAUGUGCCAGGAAUAAGUGACAAAUGGACAGGACAAAUCUCAUCUUUCCCAAAGAAGAGCCAAUUGAAGAUAGGUGAAUCUUCUGCCUUUUUCACGUAUGUCAAAUCAAGCACGUCCCAAAGCAACGACCAGGGGUGUUCUCCUGUUCAUGAAAAUACACCUCUGCAUGUGAGGAUGAUGGAAAAUCCUAUACUGAGUGGUCAAGUGGGUCCCAAUAUACAAGGAGAAGAUAGCAGAAACACCCUGGAAAACCAUUUGCAAGGAGAUCAUUAUCCAAGCACUACGAAUUCACAAGGAGACGAGUGUCCGAGCACUAACAGUAUUCCUGAAUCAUUUUCUAUGGAGAGGUCCUGUACUCCCCCUGUAUCACUGGAUAUCUCUCAACAGAGAAACGCAAAGGAGGAGUUCUCUCAGGAGCAUAUGCAUUUAAGAAAUGGCUAUCCCCAUGAUAUUACCAGUAGUUACACUCAUACUGCCUAUUCUUACAUGUCCAGAGUAAUGAAUCAAGUAACGAUGUCAUCAGCAUUUAUGUAUUACAAGAACCUACCAGAUAUGCACAACCAUGCUAAUUCUGCUUUAUUAACUCAGUACAACCAUAUUCCCCAGUGUGCGCCUCACAUCCCAGGGAUGGCAUCUUAUCCUUAUUACCCAUUUGGCUUAUGCCUACAACCAGGCCAAAUGCCUGCACCACAUCCAUGGCAAUCGAUUGGAAAUUCGUCCUUUGAUGAAGGGAAGUUAAGUAAAGUUGACCGUAGGGAGGCAGCCUUGAUGAAGUUCAGGCAGAAGCGAAAAGAAAGACGUUUUGACAAGAGGAUCAGAUAUGUGAACCGUAAGAAACUCGCUGAACGCAGACCUCGUUUGAGAGGCCAGUUUGUGAGGAAGGUAAAUGGUGUUAAUGUGGAUCUUAAUGGGCAAGCUACUUCAGCAGAAGAAGAUGAGGAAGAAGAGUAUGAUGAGGAAGAUGAAACUGCUAAUAUGGAUUUUUCUCCUGAGCAUGAUGCUUCAUUACACCAACAAUGAACUUUUAUCCUAUGCAGUCUUCAGAAAGCACGUGAGUAUGCUUCCUCAAUUGGUUAAUAUGGUAUAGGUGUGCUGGACCUCCUUUACAAUGAAAGCCAGAUGCUUCACAUUUUCAUACACAAUACCGAGCAGUUGCAUGCAUGAGGAAUCUUUAUGUGAAUCUACAACAAAGGUAGGAAUCUCUCACCAGGGCCUGGCAGGAGAUUCGUUUCACGAUACCUGUCGAGCCCCUAAACCCCAUACUAUUGAACUGAACUUUGAUAUUUUAGGAGGAAAAGGUAAAAUUGGAUAUUGGGUUUUUCUUCCCAAAAGAAGUAAUGUAAUCCCUGUGACACCUAUGAGAAGCUUUAUUAUGUUACUUUCUAGCUGAAAUUAUGACCAUUCUGCCCAUAGUUUGUUGUA